CGCCCCCGAGCUCCCCUAGGUCCGCUCCACCUUCCGCCCCAUCCAGAAUCGGCGCUCACGCCCUCCGCCGUCCCCAUGGCUAGCUAGGGUUUCGGCCGCCACCCCUAACAUCGCCGGAAUCAGGCACAUCCGGCGAUGGCGAGGCCAGAGCUCGACGGAUCCGUUACCGGUGUGGCGCAGGUCACCUUGGAGUGGUCUGGACGGCGACGACGGCAGGAGGGCGCCGUCCUUCCUGCUCGAGGAGGCAGAGGACGAGGGGCGCACCUAGCUGGCGGCCCUGUCCUGCUCGAGGAGGCGGGGCCUGCCGAGCUCAAGCAUGGCCACAACGACCCAGCUUGGCAGUACAGUAGUUUUGGCAAAAAAGAAAAUGGGGAAAGGAGUAUCAGCACGCGAGGAGCAAAGUUCUUUGCUAUCUUGGCUUUACUGUUUGACAUGGAUGAGUAUAGAUCAACAACACUAGCUCUUACUUGUUUGUUAGAUUCGGAGCAGCAUGCAUCCUCCGUUGACGAUGACGACAACCAGGGCAUCCACCAGCACGACGACGCCCCACACAUGGUCCAACUCGGCUACAACCUCCUCUACCGCGUGACGGCGACUGUGGUUGUGUGCGCCAUCGACUACAACCUCCUCUCAUGUGAAUCCGUCUCCUACCUCUAG